AUGGCCGACGACACGCGGAAUACCGUCGAUGUGAAUGCGCUUCCACCAAAGCCCCGCGCGCCCGCCAACACCAUGCCCGGUGGCACAGCACAUACAGCAGGAGGCGAAAAGACUUCAGACGGUGGUCCCACAUACAUCGACGCAGUACGGAGUCUCGGACCAGAAUACUACUUAAACUUCCACAAGCGACCAUGUGUAAGAGACAGUCAAUUGCAAGGACUCGCAGCAGGGUUUGCAGGAGGAAGCUUAGCUGCUAUAAUAGGCAAGCCGGUCAUCACAGCCUCCAACUGGGCCGUAGCAACCUGGUGCGGUGUGUCCGUCGUCUCCUACCAAGUAUGCCAGUACUACCGAUCGAAAGAAAAGGCCGGCAUAAAACAAGCACAAGAGCUCAUGGAGAAGAAGCGCGCAACUAUCGAGGCGAAGAAAGAGGCACGACGGAGAGCGAGGGAGGAACAGGAUCGACUAGAGGCAGAACGAAGGGCAGAAGAGGAGAGGAGAAAGAGCUGGAGCUAUUGGUACCAGAAGAACGUCAAGUUUUGGUAG